AAAAAUUGCAAAAAAUUUAUGGCAGUUCAGGAACAAAAUGGAAAUUUGAUAAAUAUUCAAAUAGGUUACGCUAAAAGCCGACAGGUGUUUUCUACUGAACAGGAAGAACUUCCAAGAAACCCCCCAAAAUAUAAAAUCGAGAUUUGUUUGUACUGGAUGUCCCUUUAAUAGAAAUAUUUUUGGGGAGCAAGAUUUCUUACCUGCGUAGGUAUACAACCGAUGGGCCUCCAAAUACAGUGAUUGCACCAAAUUAGAUGAAUAAUAGCACAUUAGAAAUUAAUGCAUCCCCCAAAUUAACUACUCAAAAAAAAAUAAACAAUCAUCUUGAAGAUAAGAAGAAUUUGAUGGGUGCUAUAAAUAAUGACAUCUCUUUGAAAGAUCUGUUAGAAGCCGGACCGUCACAUGUUCCUUCUCCCGUUUGUGAGAAAUAUUUGGAAGAAAUCAGACCGUUAGCAAAAGCAGGAGAGAGAACAAGUAAAACAGGAGGCAGAAAACGUAGAACCACAGCAAUGUUAACGGAUACACCAAUAAAAGAUGAGCUUGAGUUAGAGAAGCAGCAGAGAAAAAAGAAGAAGACAAAGCAAAGUAAAGCAGGUUUAAAGAAUGUAAAAAGAGACAUAUGUUCUAAAAAAACGAAAGCUAAAGAGAUAGAUUCAUCUUCAGAAGAGGACGAAUGCUUCUAUCUAAUAUGUUUCGAAUUAUUCUCUAAUAGUGUUAGUAAGGAGAAAUGGGUACAGUGCACUAAAUGUAAAGAAUGGGCUCAUGAAGCUUGCACAGCUGGAGAUAUCCUUUUUUUGUGUGCGAUAACUGUUUGUCCGAUGCGGAUUAGUGAUUGUAUAUUUUUACAAAUAUAUUUUAAUUGAUA